AUGACGUACACCCCUAGCACUACGGUGGAGAUCUUCCGCGCGCUCCGCAUCGAGAACUACUGCCUCGUCGCAGCGAACGUGCUCUAUGUCUAUGACUACUUCAUCACCCUCGGCGUCGAGGUGGAGUUCUUCUGGAACAGGUCAUUCAGCGGGGCCGUGCUACUCUUUGUCGGAAACCGAUAUUUGACUCUGGUCAACGUCGUUACCGACUACCUCCAACUUUUGCCACUUAGCGCAUUCAGCGGUAACAAGAGGUACUAUCUAUCAUAG